AUGUCAACUUCAGAAGAGACGGACGGACUGCGGCCAAGAUAUGGCUCUGUCCUGGAUGGCGUCGAGCGACUCACGGCAGAGGAGAUGGAUGAGAGGCGGCAGCAGAACAUGGCCUAUGAGUAUCUGUGUCAUCUUGAAGAGGCCAAAAGAUGGAUGGAGGCCUGUUUGGAUGAAGAGUUGCCUCCUACUACAGAACUAGAGGAGGGCCUGCGGAAUGGUGUGUAUCUUGCCAAACUCGGCAACUUCUUUGCUCCACGCACCGUCUCCCUUAAGAAGAUCUAUGACCGCGAGCAGACGCGUUACAAGGCGACAGGACUCCAUUUCAGACACACUGAUAACGUAAUCCAGUGGCUCAAUGCCAUGUCUGAGAAGGGGCUGCCAAAGAUCUUCUACCCUGAGACUACAGACAUAUAUGACAGAAAGAACAUGCCACGCUGCAUUUACUGCAUACAUGCACUAAGCCUGUACCUGUUUAAGCUGGGCCUCGCCCCACAGAUUCAGGAUCUCUAUGGGAAAGUAGAUUUUACUGAGGAAGAGAUCAACAACAUGAAGAGUGAGCUGGAAAAGUAUGGGAUCCAGAUGCCUGCCUUCAGCAAGAUUGGCGGCAUUUUGGCCAAUGAGCUCUCAGUGGAUGAAGCUGCAUUGCACGCUGCUGUGAUUGCUAUCAACGAGGCUAUCGACCAGGGUGUCCCGGAGGGCACAAUGGCGGCAAUGCAAAACCCCAAUGCCAUGUUGGUCAACCUCGACCCCAACUCUGCACAGCAAUACCAAAACACAUUAUACCAGGCCAAAGGAGCGAAGGUGGCCAACUCACGGAAACGGCAAAUGGAAAAUGUUGCCGCUGAGAGAGAUAUUUAUGAUGAGCUCCUCACUCAAGCUGAAAUCCAGGGCAAUGUUAACAAAGUCAAUGUGAAUAAGGCCUUAAGUGCUGCUGAACAAGCAUUGCUUGGCGGGGAUGCGGAUAAGUUAUACGAGGCAUUGAAGGCCAUGGGCAUUCAGAACCUGCUGGCCCAGAACAAAGGCUGGUACCUGAAACAACUCCAGGCCGACAGAGAGAACAAAGAACUAGCAUCGCCAGGCCUAGCACUGACUAAGGAUGAGCUGCAGGCUGGUGUGGACGUGGCAAAUGACUUAGCAGAAAGCUACUUAAAAAUGUUGAAGGCAGUGGAGCGUAUCAACUUUGCCAUUAGGGAAGGAGAAGCAGAGAACACUGUUAAAGAGCUGAUGAACCCUGACGCUCAGCUUCCUGAAGUCUAUCCCAGUGCUGCAAAUCUUUAUCAGCGAGAGCUGGCCAGCUUGCACCAGCAAAGUCCAGAGUGCUCCCUAUCACAUUCAGAGCUUCUUGUGGCAGUUGAGAUGCUGUCAUCAGUAGUUCUGAUAAACGAAGCAAUUGACGUUGGGGAUCGAGACACCCUCUGGAAACAACUGUCUAGCUCCAUCACAGGACUUGGUAACGUGGAGCCUGAAUAUGCACAAAGAUACAUGGAUGAGUUGAUUCGCCUUAAGGCUGCAGCAAGGGAGGAGGGCUGUGAUUAUCUCACGUGGAAUGACAUACAGGCCUGUAUUGAUCAGGUCAAUAUGUCUGUACAGGAGGAGCAUGAACGUAUUGCAGCUAUUGGACUGAUCAAUGAAGCCUUGGAUGAAGGGGAUCCCAUGAAGACCCUGGCCGCGCUACAGAACCCGUCAGCCAAGCUUACAGAUGUAGACCCAUUUGUGGCUCAGCACUACCAUGACAAACUGCUGGAAGCCCGCAGGGAGAAGGCUCAUGAGACGCAAGAUCCUUCUGCUGUGCUUUGGCUGGAUGAGAUCCAGGAUGCUAUUCUAAAGGCUAACCAGGACACAAAGGACGCUUUGUUGUUCUCUCAGAGUAUCCAUGCCAUCAACGAGGCGGUGGAUAAUGGUGAUGCAGCUCAGACGGUCACAGCGCUACGUAACCCUGGUGCAGGACUUUAUGGAGUCACCUCUGAAUGUGCUCAGACCUACCAAGAUGACUUGGCCAAAGCUAAAGAAGAGAAAAAGAAAGAUGGUGAUAACAGCAGUGAGUGGGUACAACACUGGGUGAAGGGUGGACACAACUACUACUACAACCUGAAUACAAAAGAGGGUACCUGGGUGGAACCAGAAGGGUUCAUACCUAACCACACACAGUUAAACAAGGAGGACAUUCAGUCUGUAGUCUCAGGGGUAACCACAGCUUACAAUAGAGAGCAGCUGUGGUUGGCAAACGAAACGCUCAUUACCAAGCUGCAAGCUCGUUGCCGUGGAUACCUGGUAAGGAAAGGCCUAAAGGAGCGGAUGAACUUCCUAAAAUCACAAGAUCCAGCUGUUACAAAAAUACAGGCUCACUGGAAAGGCUACAAACAGAGGAAGGAAUUCCAGGAGCGUAAAAAGUAUCUAGAAGAUCACAGUGACGAUGCUGUAAAGAUCCAAUCAAUGGUUCGAAUGCAUCAAGCUCGCAAGAAGUACAGAGAUCGCCUGAAGUACUUCAAAGAUCAUAUCAAAGAUGUGGUGAAGAUUCAGGCUUUCAUCAGAGCAAACAAGGCUCGGGAUGACUACAAGACGCUGAUUAAUGCUGAAAAUCCACCUAUGGCGGUGUUGAGGAAGUUUGUCCAUCUGCUGGAUCACAGUGACCAGGACUUCCAAGAAGAGUUAGAACUGAUGCGCCUCCGUGAGGAAGUGAUCACCAAUAUCCGCUCCAAUCAGCAGCUGGAGAAUGACCUGAACCUGAUGGAUAUCAAGAUUGGUCUGCUGGUGAAGAACAAAAUCACCCUGCAGGAGGUGGUUUCACACAGUAAGAAGUUGACCAAGAAAAACAAGGGUCAGCUUUCAGACAUGAUGAUGAUGAACAAACACAGAGGUGGUCUAAAGGCCCUAAGCAAGGAGAAGAGAAUCAAACUAGAAGCUUACCAGAACCUCUUCUACCUUUUACAGACCAAUCCCACAUAUCUCGCCAAGUUGAUCUUCCAGAUGCCUCAGAAUAAAUCAACAAAAUUUAUGGAUUCUGUAAUCUUCACCCUAUAUAAUUAUGCCUCAAACCAGAGAGAGGAGUACCUGUUGCUUAAGCUGUUUAAGACUGCCCUGCAGGAGGAAAUCAAGUCAAAAGUUGACCAGAUGAAGGAGAUUGUCACAGGAAAUCCGACUGUCAUAAAAAUGGUAGUAAGUUUUCACCGAGGUGCGAGGGGCCAGAAUGCACUGAGACAGAUCUUGGCACCAGUUGUGAAGGAGAUCAUGGAUGACAAAACGCUUAACAUCAAGACCGACCCCGUGGACAUCUAUAAGAGCUGGGUCAACCAGAUGGAAAUGCAAACCGGAGAGGCCAGUAAGCUGCCAUACGAUGUAACCCCUGAGCAGGCAAUGUCCCAUGAAGAAGUUCGGAAUAGACUGGAAGCCUCUAUCAAGAGCAUGAAGGCAGUCACUGACAAGUUCCUUUCUGCCAUAAUUGUCUCUGUGGAUAAAAUUCCCUACGGGAUGCGUUUUAUCUCCAAAGUCCUUAAAGACACCCUCCAUGAGAAAUUUCCAGAUGCGACAGAGGACGAACUGCUUAAGAUCGUGGGGAACCUUUUGUAUUACCGUUACAUGAACCCGGCAAUUGUUGCGCCAGAUGCCUUUGACAUCAUUGAGAUGUCAGCAGGUGGUCAGCUAACUACUGAGCAGCGCCGAAACUUGGGCUCUGUAGCAAAGAUGCUGCAGCAUGCUGCCUCCAACAAGAUGUUUCUCGGGGAUAACGCUCACCUAAAUCCCAUCAAUGAAUAUCUCAGCAACUCUUAUCAAAAGUUCAGGCGAUAUUUUUUGACAGCAUGUGACGUUCCCUCACUUGAAGAUAAAUUUAAUGUGGAUCAGUACUCUGAUUUGGUCACUGUCACCAAACCUGUCAUUUACAUCUCUAUUGGAGAAAUGAUAAACACACACACACUUCUUCUGGAUCAUCAGGAUGCCAUUGCCCCAGAACACAAUGAUCCCAUACAUGAGCUGCUGGAGGACCUGGGAGAGGUUCCGACUGUAGAGGCUCUCAUUGGUGAAAAUCCUCUCCAACCUGGUGACCCCAACAAGGAGCUAAUGGGCAAGACUGAGGUUUCACUUACACUGACGAAUAAAUUUGAUGUCCCUGGUGAGGCAAAUAGUGAAGUGGAUGCCAAGACUCUUCUACUCAACACCAAGAGGCUGAUUGUGGAUGUGAUCCGGUUCCAGCCUGGGGAUACUCUGACUGAGAUACUUGACACAACAGCCAGUCCAAACCAGGAAGCAGAAUAUCAACGAGCGAUGCAGAGGAGGGCCAUACGUGAUGCUAAGACGCCGGAGAAGAUAAAGCAGGUCAAACCUGUGGUGGAUGACAGCUUAACAUUACAAGGGAAAAAGGAAAAGAUCAGGACAAACUUGCAGCGAUUAGCAGAGCUUGGCAAAGUUAAUCCAGAGAACCGCUAUCAGGACCUCAUCAAUGACAUAGCCAAGGACAUCCGGAAUCAAAGACGUUAUCGCCAACGCAGAAAAGCCGAACUCGUAAAACUCCAGCAAACCAACACGGCGCUGAAUUCAAAGACCAAGUUUUACAAUGUGCAAAUUGAUUCAUACAAUCAGUAUAUAAAAACGUGCAUGGACAACUUGGCCUGCAAGGGAAAGCUGUCAAAGCCUGGUGCCAACAAGGCCAAGAAGAGUAAACAAGUCUCACAGAAAUACACCGCCUCACGUCUACAUGAGAAGGGAGUACUGAUUUCAAUAGAAGAUCUGCAACCCAACCAGUUCAAGAAUGUUAUUUUUGAAAUUUCUCCAGCUGAGACUGUUGGAGUGUUUGAAGUGAAGGCCAAGUUAAUGGGGGUCCACUUGGAGACAUUACAACUAGAAUAUCAGGAUCUCCUCCAACUGCAGUACGAAGGUGUGGCAGUGAUGAAGCUUUUCGACAGGGCGACAAUCAAUGUCAAUCUGCUUAUUUUCUUGCUCAACAAGAAAUUUUAUGGGAAAUAG